AAUAGAGGCAAAUAUAAACAAAAUAGGGGCCGUGAACAAAAUAGUACCCGUAAACAAAAUAGGGGCUGUACAGCAUAGCAGCUUGUCUCAUUUGUGGCACUCUGCUGAUGCCUGCUAGUAGAGAUGGAGCUCUCACUCUAUUAUGAGCCAGAAAAGAAAUCAGCGAGUCUAACUCUAGCGACGUCGUCAAGAAUACAAACGGAUGUCUGGUACACUAAUCCACACUUACCACUAAACGCUUUUAAUUAGUUUGGGCGGAAGACGCACUUUUAGUUGACAUUGAAAUCAGUGAGCUCAAGAAAGGAAAAUAAUGCCGUAAAAUAUCGAAAAGCGAGGAGUAAAUUUGGUCUGCCUUUUGGUGAUCAUGCGUGGGAUGUACUCACUCCUCAUAUUAGGCCGACCUCAUCUAGGAGCAUUUUUAGAAACAAGAAAAAGGUAUUCCCAUUUUUCAAAUUGCUAGCCGCUUGUAGGACCUAAGCGUUCUUUUUUGUUGACUUGAAAUUAUCCGGGAACUCUAGAAUCGUCUUACAGUCUGCACUAUGGCCAAAGAACAGUCACCGGCAGCAUCUUCUACUAAGAAAGCGAGAGAUUGUGGCCCUCCUUUCAAGCUCACGAACGAAGAGAAAGCAGUUCUAAAAGAAUGCCGGAAAACUGCUACGCUUUACAGAGGUCUACCAAUCGGAGGUGGCAUUGCAGCAAGUCUUUACUGGGCGGCUACCAAUGGUCACCUUGGAGGUAUGGGUCAAAGGUGGCCACGUUUACUCACUGGUGUCGGUUUCCUUCUUGGAUUCUGGGGUGGAGCUGGAAGCUACCGCCGAACAUGUAUGGAGAAAAUAAAGAAUCUUGAGAACUCCCUUCUCUCUGAUAUUGUCAAAAUGAGGGAAGAUAGUGGCGGGUUUUUCCCAUUUUCUCGGGACAAGGAAUUUCGUGCUCUACUUGAGAAGCACAGUGACAGGCUUGAGCAACCUGGAGCUGCAGUGAAAUUUCCGUCUGAAGAGUCAAAGAAGUUGGAGUAACACUUAACUGUGGAAAGUCGAUGUAAUUGUGUGCUGCGGAAGACUAGGCUUAGAUAGAAAUGGCUUUUACAAUGAAUUUGCUUGAAUUCUAUAGAAGGAUUGCAUUAUUAUGAGCAAUUGUAUAACAAUUUUCUUCUUAGAUAUACACAGCUGUCAGCUUAACUUGUGUAGUUUCAUUUUCCCAACUUCAGAGUGUGUAAUAUCAAAUUCUUGGAAAGUGUAUUGAUCGUUUUGGCACUAGAUUAUAUAUAUUACAUGACACUUGUUACAA